AAGUGCCAUGGUGGCCCCCACCACCAGCGUUCCUAAAGGCUGUGACCCCUCUGUGGGCUCCCUGUACUUCAACCUGUGUGAUCUGACUGCAGUGUGGGGCAUCGUGGUGGAGUCACUGGCGGCUGCAGGCGUGGUGACGGCCUUCAUCCUCAUCGUCAUCCUCAUAGCCAGCCUUCCCUUUGUGACAGACAGGAAGAGGAAAGGUAUGGUGGCCCUGCAGGCCAGCUUUCUGGUCUUCACCCUGGGCCUCUUUGGCCUCACUUUUGCCUUUAUCGUGGGCCGGGACUUCACCAGCUGCGCCGCGCGCCGCUUCCUGUUUGGUGUGCUGUUUGCUGGUGGUCUGGCCUGCCUCCUGAUGCACGGGCUGUGGCUGGUGCUGCUGGACCGGCGGGGCCGAGGCCCGCAGGGCUGGAUGCUGUGUCUGGGGGCCCUGGCCUUCUGGCUGGUCGAGAUUAUCAUCAAUACAGAGUGGCUGAUCAUCACGGUGGAGAGGAGGCCAAUGACGGCCAGCGGCAGCCCUGACAUCUCCUGCAGCAUCACCAACCAGGACUUUGUGAUGGCUCUGAUCUAUGUCAUGGCCCUGCUGCUGGCUGUGGUGCUGAUGGCCGUGCCCUCGCUCACACACAAACACAAGGCCUGGCGGCGGGACGGUGCCUUCAUCCUGGCCACCGGGGUCUGCUCCAUGGCCGUGUGGGUGGCCUGGAUCGUCAUGUACAUCCAUGGGAACCAGGUGGCCGGGGACCCCAGCUGGGACGACCCCACCCUGGCCAUCGCCCUGGUCAGCAAUGCCUGGGUGUUCCUGGUCCUCUACACCAUCCCAGAGAUCUGCUCCCUCACCAAGCAGGAGGACGGGGAGGAGCAGCCCAGCGACGGGGAACACAUUAUCUACCCGAUCAGGAGCUUGGUCUAUGAUAACAAUCUGAAGGAGCAGAACACUGCAGCAGCAGCAGCCCAUCAGAACGUAUACAUGGAGAAUAGGGCCUUCUCCAUGGACGAACCCAACACAGGUACAGUAGGAACGCCCAAUCAACCAACCAAUCAAUUAAUCAAUCAAUCAAUGUCUUUGUUGUCCCAUUUGGGAAAUUUGUAGUGAAGUCAGGGUAAAAACAACAACAUGUACAAAUGUUUUUAAAAAAGAGAGAAACGCCAGUGCCCUCAUAGCAUCCUUAAUUAAUUUUUUCCAUCCACUAGAAAUGUAUUUCAUGUAGGGUUUAAUAAUAUGAAUCUGUUCCAUCUGAUUUCCUGGAAUAUUUUCUGUUGCAUCGGUAUCCAUGUUUAUUUACCCAAGGGCGUAAUCAUUACCUAAUAAUACUAUCUAAUAGUCUCUGUCUCUCACGCUCUUAUCUGAUUAAUUUUCCCGUAUUUUAACAUUCUUAUAGAGAGACAAGUUACAUAACAGGGGUCUACGCAGUAAGACAGUGUUAUUAGGUAUAGAUUGGACACAGAUCAACUCAAAGAGGACGAACAAAUAUGAAUCUUGGCUAAAUAGUUUUGCGCUCUUCUAAAUUUAAUAUGUUCUGGUCCUAGCAAUUAUUUGCCCGUUCUCACCCCACGGUAAUGUACAGUGAAGGAAAAAAGUAUUUGAUCCCCUGCUGAUUUUGUACGUUUGCCCACUGACAAAGAAAUGAUCAGUCUAUAAUUUUAAUGGUAGGUUUAUUUGAACAGUGAGAGACAUAAUAACAACAAAAAAAUCAAGAAAAACACAUGUAAAAAAUGUUAUAAAUUGAUUUGCAUUUUAAUGAGGGAAAUAAGUAUUUGACCCCCUCUCAAUCAGAAAGAUUUCUGGCUCCCAGGUGUCUUUUGUACAGGUAAUGAGCUGAGAUUAGGAGCACACUCUUAAAGGGAGUGCUCCUAAUCUCAACUUGUUACCUGUAUAAAAGACACCUGUCCACAGAAGCAAUCAAUCAAUCAGAUUCCAAACUCUCCACCAUGGCCAAGACCAAAGAGCUCUCCAAGGAUGUCAGGGACAAGAUUGUAGACCUACACAAGGCUGGAAUGGGCUACAAGACCAUCGCCAAGCAGCUUGGUGAGAAGGUGACAACAGUUGGUGCGAUUAUUCGCAAAUGGAAGAAACACAAAAGACCUGUCAAUCUCCCUCGGCCUGGGGCUCCAUGCAAGAUCUCACCUCGUGGAGUUGCAAUGAUCAUGAGAACGGUGAGGAAUCAGCCCAGAACUACACGGGAGGAUAUUGUCAAUGAUCUCAAGGCAGCUGGGACCAUAGUCACCAAGAAAACAAUUGGUAACACACUACGCCGUGAAGGACUGAAAUCCUGCAGCGCCCGCAAGGUCCCCCUGCUCAAGAAAGCACAUAUACAGGCCCGUCUGAAGUUUGCCAAUGAACAUCUGAAUGAUUCAGAGGAGAACUGGGUGAAAGUGUUGUGGUCAGAUGAGACCAAAAUGGAGUUCUUUUUGACGCGACUGUAAAUAAGCCGUAGUUGGCUAGCUAGCAAGCAAGGGAAAAUAACGUUGCCAGCCAGUAUGGCAAUGGAACAUUUAGAACAAACGACUGGGUCGCGUCCAUAGAUACAGAACAAAAAGACUGAACGACUGGGUCGCGUCUCUAGCAACCCUAGAUUUGUGUCGGGACUAUAUCUUGUGGAAGGUUUGCUGUGCCAAUAUAUCCUCCAAACACCAGCUUCUCUGGCAUUAUCACUUAAAUAUACACUCAGUGGCUAGUUUAUUAGGUACACCCAUCUAGUACCGGGUCAGGCGUGAAAAGCCCAGGAGGCCGCCCGUUUCUGAAAUACUGGAACCGGAGCGCCUGACACCGACAAUCAUACUACGCUCAAAGUUGCUUAGGUCACUAUUUUUACCCAUUCUAACGUUCAAUUGAACAGUAACUGAAUGCCUCGAUGCAUGUCUGCCUGCUUUAUAUACCAAGCCACGGCAACAUGACUAUAGGAGUGAACCUUUUUCGUGAAUCGGGUGGUGUACCUAAUAGACUGGACACUGCGUGUAUGUAAAACAUUAAGAACACCUGCUCUUUCCAUGACAUAGACUGACCAGGUGAAUCCAUGUGAAAGCUUUUUAAUCAGUGUAGAUGUAUGUCAAAUCAAAUCAAAUCACAUGUUAUUGGUCACAUACACAUAUUUAGCAGAUGUUAUUGCGGGUGUAGCGAAAUGCUUGUGUUCCUAGCUGCAACAGUAAAAGUAAAAUAAGUAAAAUAAUGGAAUUAAGAAAUAUAUAAAUAUUAGGACGAGCAAUGUCAGUGUGUAUGUUAACAGUAUGUAAACAUUAUUAAAGUGACCAGUGUUCCAUUAUUAAAGUGAUCAGUGAUUCCAUGUCCAUGUACAGUGCAAUCGGAAAGUAUUCAGACCCCUUCCCUUUUUCCACAUUUUGUUACGUUACAUCCUUAUUCUAAUAUGUAUUAAAUAAUUGUUUUCUUCUCAUCAAUCUACACACAAUACCCCAUAAUGACAAAGCGAAAACAGGUUUAUUACAAAUAAAAAACAUACCUAAGUAUUCAGACCCUUUGCUAUGAGACUCGAAAUUGAGCUCAGGUGCAUCCUGUUUCCAUUGAUCAGGAUUGUGUCGAAGCACAGAUCUGGGGAAGGGUACCAAAACAUUUCUGCAGCAUUGAAGGUCCCCAAGAACACAGUGGCCUCCAUCAUUCUUAAAUGGAAGAAGUUUGAAACCACCAAGACUCUUCCUAGAGCUGGCCGCCCGGCCAAACUGAGCAAUCGGGGGAGAAGGGCCUUGGUCAGGGAGGUGACUAAGAACCCGAUGGUCACUCUGACAGAGCUCCAGAGUCUCUCUGUGGAGAUGGGAGAACCUUCCAGAAGGACAACCAUCUCUGCAGCACUCCACCAAUCAGGCCUUUAUGGUAGAGUGGCCAUACGGAAGCCACUCUUCAGUAAAAGGUACGACAGCCCGCUUGGAGUUUGCCAAAAGGCACCUAAAGGACUGUCAGACCAUGAGAAACAAGAUUCUCUGGUCUGAUGAAACCCAGAUUUAACACUUUGGCCUGAAUGCAACGCAUCAUGUCUGGAGGAAACCUGGCACCAUCCCUACGGUGAAGCAUGGUGGUGGCAUCAUCAUGCUGUGGGGAUGUUUUUCAGCGGCAGGGACUGGGAGACUAGUCAGGAUCGAGGGAAAGAUGAACGGAGCAACGUACAGAGAGAUCCUUGAUGAAAACCUGCUCCAGAGUGCUCAGGACCUCAGACUGGGGCGAAGGUUCACCAUCCAACAGGACAGUGACCCGAAGCACACAGCCAAGACAACACAGGAGUGGCUUCGGGGCAAGUCUCUGAAUGACCUUGAGUGGCCCAGCCAGAGCCCGGACUUUAACCCAAUCGAACAUCUCUGGAGAGACCUGAAAAUAGCUUUGCAGCGAUGCUCCCCAUCCAACCUGACAGACCUUGAGAGGAUCUGCAGAGAAGAAUGGGAGAAACUCCCCAAAUACAGGUGUGCCAAGCUUGUAGCGUCAUACCCAAGAAGACUCGAGGCUGUAAUCGCUGCCAAAGGUGCUUCAACAAAGUACUGAGUAAAGGGUCUGAAUACUUAUGUAAAUGUGAUAUUUCCGAUUUUUUAUAAUAAAUUUGCAAAAAAUUAUACAAACCAGUUUUUGCUUUGUCAUUAUGGGGUAUUGAUGAUGGAGAAAAACGAUGUAAUCAAUUUUAGAAUAAGGCUGUAACGUAACAAAAUGUUGAGAAAGCCAAGGGGUCUGAAUACUUUCCGAAUGCUCUGUACAUAGGGCAGCAGCCUCUAAGGUGCCGGGUUGAGGAACCGGGUGGUAGCCGGCUAGUGACAGUGACUAAGUUCAGGGCAGGGUACUGGGUGGAGGCUGGCUAUUGAUGGCUAUUUAACAGUCUGAUGGCCUUGAGAUAGAAGCUGUGUGCCAUUCAGAGGGUGAAUGGGCAAGACAAAAUAUUUAAGUGCCUUUGAACGGGGUAUGGCAGUAGGUGCCAGGUGCACCGGUUUGUGACAAGAACUGCAGUGCUAUUGUGUUUUUCAUGCUCAACAGUUUCCUGUGUGUAUCAAGAAUGGUCCACCACCCAAAGGACAUCCAGCUAACUUGACACAACUGUGGGAAGCAUUGGAGUCAACAUGAGCCAGCAUCCCUGUGGAAUGCUUUCAACUCAAUAUUAGGAAGGUGUUCCUAAUGUUUGGUAUACUCAGUGUAUAUCAGUAAUAGACAUGGAGUAGGAAAAGUGUGACCCUCAGUCGUCCCACGCCAGCUUAACCUGUUUGAGGAUGCCAUCUCCUGACUGACACAUUAAACCGCCUGUGAAAAGGCUUCUGAUGUAACACUCUGUUCUCUUUCCUGUUCACUUGCCCACUAAAACACACGGGAGAGCAUGUCCCUUUCCACUGAUCUCAGUCGUCUGACAACAUAGGCCUGUGUCCCAAAUUGCACCCUAUUCCAUACAUAGUGCACUACUUUUGAACUGGGCCCUGGUCAAAAGAAGUACACUAUGGCUGCGUUUACACAGGCAGCCCAAUUCUGAUAUUUUUUUCACUAAUUGGUCUUUUGACCAAUCAGAUCAACUGAUGAAAAAACAUUUGAUGUGAUUGGUCAUUUUCUCUUCCCAUUAUUUAUUUUGGUCUUUGCUGGGAAUAUGGGGCUAGUGUUGGUUGUAUUUCAACGUAUUUGCUCUAGAAUUCUAAGUAACAGUGUGUAGGGACUAGAAAUCUCCAAAUUGUCUACUGGUUGGAUCCUGUUUUGUACAUGUCUACCUACUACAUACAUGUGUCUCUCUGGCCGGUAGGAGGGAAUAUCUAUAACUGCAUGAAUACAGAACAGCCUAAUUGGCUUUGUUUACUACUGUAUGUCGACAUGAAAGCUUUUAAUAACAUUUUAUCACCUUUGACCUUUCCCCUCUACACACCUGGCCUGGGUGAUCUCAUACUGAGUGAUCUAAUACUGUACAUUUGCCAACCUGGGCUAGAGAGGGAGGGAGUCCUUUUGUGAUCUGAGCUGUACAGUAUCAAUUAUACUCUUGAAAUUCGAUCGACUGUCCUGUUCGGCUGUGAUUAAACACACACUUUUAUGUUGCUGUUGCCCAGAGUGCGAAUUACACCAUGACAUUCAGGGUGGUCUCUAUAUUGAGUGCAUGCGCUUGCAAUUUUUUUAAUGGGCCUAAUAAUAAAGAUGUCAUUUAAAUGGUAAAAAUGUAAUACCUUUUAAUGUGGCAUGAACACAACCAGUCAUGAUAUUUUCAUCUGAUUGUCAAACAAAUCUCUUCAAAAAGUAGGUAACCUGUGCACUCCAAAAUAAUUCCAGCAUUCAAACUGCAUGUAUAGCCUACUCGCGCCAUUUGAUGAAUGGAAAUAGACAUCUGUUACAAAACACCAAAAAGUGUGCCUAAUGACUACCUUAAUUGAUGCGUCUUGCUGACAAAUGUACCUUUUUUGUAGUCUGAAAAGUCGUGAAAUUAGGCUGAAACUGUCCCGGGAAAAACGGGAUGGUCACCCUAACACACGCAAUCAACUUACUAGAAAAAAAACAACAACAAUAUAUAUAUAAAAUAAAUGAAAAAUAAAAACAUACUCUAAAUUAUUUUUUUAUUUUUUUUAUUUCAAAGAAACUAAAAAAUAAAAGACUAUAAAAAAAAUAUAUAAAUAGAAAACAAACAUUGUAAACUAGUUGUCCCACUGGCUAUCAUAAGGUGAAUGCACCAAUUUGUAAGUCACUCUGGAUAAGAGCGUCUGCUAAAUGACGUAAAUGUAAAUGUAAAUGUAGAUUAGGCUACAAUGUGUAUUACCAUGAACUUCAAAUAGGCCUACCGGUAAACCAGUGUGUAGUGGCAAUAUAAUACAUGAGUUGAAUCAAAACAUGAUUUACACCCUAGUUCAUGAGUUGUCCAUAAGUCAUUAGUUAAUGCUUGGAGUCUUCACAGAUCGUGUGACAUAAAACACUUCCUUUCUCUCCUUAUAUUAAUGACAUUUAUGACAGUGUUAUUUGUAAUUAUUAAGCAUUUAACAAUUUAAUUAGAACAUUGAACUUAAACCCUGUAUGAAUAAUGGAUCUUGGAGAUCUCGAAAAAUGCACAGUAAGUGUAACUAUGUCUAUGUAACAUUUCAUUAUGCUUCGCAGUGAAAACAGUUCUCAUGGGCACACAAAUCCCAAAUAAUGUAAAUAAUAAAUAAUAUGCCAUUUAGCAGACGCUUUUAUCCAAAGCGACUUACAGUCAUGUGUGCAUAAAUUUUUUGUGUAUGGGUGGUCCCGGGGAUCGAACCCACUACCUUGGCGUUACAAGCGCCGUGCUCUACCAGGCCUAUGCCAUUAGAAUGCUUCUAACUGAAAGAGUCAACUAUAGGCCUACUGUCAUUAAUGUAUACUUGUUGGAUGGAUGCGCAUUGGUGUCUAGCUGUUGGCUAGUUGUCUAGUAAUAUUGUUGACCAUCAUCAGCUGAUCCAGCAAAGAAAACAAAUAUUGAUAGAAAAUAAUUAAGCUAAAUAAAUGGUCUACUACUUCUGGCCACAGAUGGCACGGAGAACACCAGUACCCGCGCGCACCUGAAAAACAACGCAAUGAGUGCUCUAAACAGCUGACUGACAAAAGCAAACGAUAAAUCAACGGAUAAAUUGAAUGCAUUUGAAUAAAGGCAUGUGCUAUUUUUAUCAAGGACUCAUGGCAAACAAAUGGCGAAAAUGAGGAAGUACAAAGGAAAAAUCUAUGUGUAAAGGAGCUCAGCUGAGGCCGAAAUGUAGCACUACUGAGUGGACAGCAUAGAAAUAAAUGGUUCAAACCAUGACAGAGAGGUGGGGGUGUUUGUUUCAUUGGAAGCUUUUAUUUGAAUAUUUACCAUUGUAAAAAAAAAUUACCACUGCAUUUUAAACAAAUAGGUUGCUGUUGCCAUAGAGACGGUGGCUCAUGCAUUCUCUUCAAAUAUGUGUCCGAUAGUGCUGUAUGUGACAUAUCCAAAUGGAUCAUUAUAUUAUCUGUGUCUGUGACAUGUACUUACUGCAGGUAAUAAAGUUGAAACUAUAAUUAUUUGUAAGGAACUGGUAGUUUGUAACUUUGUAAGGGAACUGGUUAAAAAUGUUUAAAUCCCAUUAUUGUAAAUCACAGUGUGUAUUUGAUCAUUCAGGCCUCAGCCAUCGAAAGCAAUUGAAGCUCAGAGUUUUGAAGUUGUUAAUUAAUUUGUAUUUCUUUCUUCCAUUCCUCUCUCCUCACUCCUCUUCUGUCUAGCAGCCAACAAGCCUGUAUCUCCAUACGGUGGUUAUAGCGGUCAGCUCCGCAGCUGUGUGUACCAGCCCACAGAACUAGCUCUAAUCACCAAGAGCCUGGCAAAUGUGAGUGGGUUUUACACGAUACACAAUACACAGACUUAAACCCUCAUAUCAUUAUCACACUACUGUUAUUCUCCAAGAAAUACGUACUGAAACCAACCGUUUUUCAUUCUCUGUGUGUGCGUGUCCUCUCUACAGAGGGACCAGUCCCAUGAGACAGGCCUCCCCAGGGCCACGGCCUCCCCUCUAAACCAGAGCAGCAGCUCCCUGCCUCACUCGCUAGCGCCCCUACCCACCACAGGAUUGUCCCCAGCAGUCAGUGUAAGUACAGAGCAGACCUACCUGCCAUCAUACACAACAGGAUACUGUGCAUCCAUGGUGUUUUUGCUCUCUUCUUUCCAUUUUUAAACUACUGAGCCGAGCUGGGCUGUACUAUGCUGGCCUGGUUAUGCAUCCACCAUAGUUGCUGGAAAAGUCAACGUGAAAAGAACAUAUCCGAGCCUGCACAGGACAGUUUGGGUUGGCACGACAGUGUGAAAAGUAUAUAAGUGGAAGGUGGAGGAUUUCAAAUCUAAUUCUUCUGCCUUGUCUUUCUCAGGGAAAUGGUGUGCAUAAGAAGCCUCUGUGGUGAAUCUACGCUAUGCUACUACGACCUGAUUCCUGUUCGUCACCCUCCCUCUCUUCUACUCUGUGCCCCAGUUUCCCCUGCGGCCCCUGGGUGUGUCUGUCAGGGCUGGACCCUGAGAAGACCCAGAGCCUUUGACCACUGUAGAGGCCAGGCUGUUCUGUACAUACAGUAGGGCUGGAGGGAGCCAGUGUCAGAGAGAGAGGCCACAGUCUUGGUGCUGUGCACCCAGAACAAGUGUGUCUCUCAUCUCCCUGUGUCUCACCCAGUCCCAGUGUGUCCCAGUGGCAGUACUAGCCACCCUCCACCUACCCAUCUCCCAAGCCAGCACUCCCCACCCCCGGGCCCCAACGCCAUGCACUGAUGGGAGAUCCAACGAACACAGCAACGUACAGCCAGAC